GGCGGCGCAGCAUGUUCUAAAUUGUGGACAAAAUUAAGGCACAAUUUCAUCCAGCUGGCAUCGAAAAAGCCACUCUCUGGCUUACCGAUCUGAUUCUUUCAUUGUUGCCUAUUGUUUGUACCCGCCUAAUCCACUGAUUAUAACCAGGAUAUGCCAGUUUGGAGUGACUGUUUUGCCGUGUUUACAAAUUUUCGAGAGUGCCGCCGUCGUGACCCUUGCGAGUGACCUUGGCCCUUGUCUCGAGGCCAAGACCAAUGACCAAACCUGUCUGCUAGAAUAAACAGGAAAGCACUGUUGACUUUCUGAUGUCCUCCGCGCGCGAUGCGACACAAUGACAACCCAAACUGAGGUUGGGAUCUCUCCAGUUCUACUUCAAGCAAUCACUCAGCAGCUGGCCGAUCCCAAUACCGAUCCUGACAAAGUCACACAAGUUAAAGCUUUCUGUGAUGAAAAUGGACAACAGAAAAUUGUAUUUUGUCGACCUGAGGGCCCAGUGAUUCUGAAACAGGAGCAGAGUAUAAACGUUAUGGAAGGGAAUAAUGUCCAUGCUGAGGAGAUGAUCAUGACUGGAGGUAUAGAUGGUGCCGGCCAUGUGAUUAAGACAGAGCAAUUAGUAGAUGAGAUGGGUGGGGACUUGGUGAUUGAGGACGGGAUGCGUCAUGUGAUCAUGGGUCAGCCAGUGCAUAACAAGGGUCAGAAUCCUGCUGGUGAUUUUGUUGUUGUCAGUCGUGAAUCCGAAACAGAGCUGAAGGAUGGCCAGUAUGUUGUUGUACGGAGCAUGAGUCAUUCCCAGGAGAAAGUGAUUGCGACAACAAGUGAUGGUCGAUUUACGUUAGCGCCACCUGGUGUCGUUAGGCAACAAACUUUAACAGAGUCACGAGUUGAGGAGAAAAAACAGAAAAUCUAUAUUCGGGUUCCACAGGGUGUACCGAAAAAUAUUCUGGAACAACCAGUGGAAACUACGACGACCACGAAUAGUGAGAUGUCCAUGGGUAGUGUGCUAUCGGCGAUUGCGUCGCAUCAUGCGCGAUUGAAACAAGACUCUGUGCCAGGAACACAAAGUAUUGAGGUGCCGACGUCUCAAGCUGAUGACGGCGACAGUAACUCGCCACAGAUUAUCAUAUACACUCAAGACAUGCCAGUGGUGGCAAGUGAUAUCGCUGUUGCUAACUCGGAAGUGAUCAUUUCUGAAUCUGGCCACGGCGAUAUGCCAUCACCAAUGAAACGACAAUGUGUCGAUGGACAACAUUUGAUUCUGGUAAAUGAUUCGGCUGAAGCCAUGAAUUGUGUUCAAGGGGACAUGAUCCCGUAUUCUGAGAGAAGUGGACCAAGUCCAUGGACAAACUAUGUGCAACAGUUUUCGGCGAAAGGGCCGUGUCCCAUUUGUGGGGACAAAGUCUCUGGUUACCAUUAUGGCAUUUAUUGUUGUGAGAGUUGUAAAGGCUUCUUCAAACGAACUGUUCAGAACAAAAAAAGCUUUGCCUGCCAUCGGAAGGAUGACUGCGACGUGUUGAUAGCAAGUCGGAAGAAAUGUCCUUCGUGUCGGUUCAAAAAGUGUGUCAUGAUGGGCAUGAAGGUCGGAGCUGUGCGAGGUGACCGAGCUAGAGGAGGAAGAAGUGUCUAUGAUGGAUGCUCGCCACAUCUUAAACGCAAACUAUCGUACCAAGAUAAUAAAGCGCAUGCAUCAGGCUCAAGAGAUAAACUAGACUCCGAGUCAUAUGUACAAACAGUGCCAACUGCGGUGACUGAAACAACAGUCAUUGCCACCCAGUCCGGUGAUACGCUACCUAUUCCUAGUGCCCUGGUGGACAUAUUGAGCAGUAAUAAGUUGGGAGAGAAUGAGGCGACGGAUGUUAUAAAGCCGUUGGUGCCGCAAGUCGUUACGGAGAUCAUGAAUCUGGAGUCGAUCCUCUGUGAGGAGGAAGAGGAGCCAACAUUUCAACCAGAGGAAGAGAACUUUUACACGAGUUUGCUGCAGAUUGCUGAUCAGAGGUUGUACAAGAUCGUACGAUGGGCAAGGAGCUUGCCAGACUUCGCAAUCAUCUCAACAGAUGACCAAAUCCUACUCCUGCAGAGUGCCUGGGCGGAUCUCCUUUGCUUAGACUGUUGCUGGCGAUCGCUGCAGACACCCAAUGAAAUCAAACUGUCCUACUGCAAGUCGAUCAAUCUAGAUGUUGCAAGGGAGAUUGGUGCUGAGGAGAUCGUGGACCGAAUGCUUCAGUUGACCCAGCAUUUACACAGGAUUCAACUGGACAUGUCUGAGUUUGCUUGUCUCAAGGUGCUGAUUUUGAUGACUCCAGAUGUGAAAGGCCUCAAGGACAUCUCGCACAUCCGCAACUACCAGGAGAAAGUCACUGAUGCCCUCAUGGUUUACUCGACCACCCACUACCCACACCAUGCGAACAAAUUCGGAGAACUUCUUCUACGAUUGCCAGAGAUUGCAAAGACAAGUUGCAUUGGCAAAGAGAUGUUAGGGAAGAAAGACUUACCAGCUGAAAUCUCGUCAUUUAGUUUGCUGAUGGAAUUGUUAAAGACGAACCCUCCAACUUCAUAAACUUUGACGGUGCAUUGACAUUACAAUCUGGUAACCAGGUUGUAUUCUAACUAACAUAGUAGUUUUAUGGAUUUACAUGUGACUAUUGGGUUGAGCAUUAUGCGUGUAUAUUUGACAUGUUCUUGCUGGUAAGAAGGGUAUACAUUUCAUCAAGUUUAACCGCUUCACUGUGGAGGGCAGAUAUAUAUAACACAAUGCAUGGCUUGGCUGCCAGUGACACCGUGCCAUAGUGUGUAACUGUGGAAACUCCUGUAGCGAAGUUGUUACAACAGUGGUUUCAUUUCUGGUUUUCUCAAAGCAUUUGUUUGUUGGUUGUUUCAACAGAGUAUUGGAUCACAAAAUGAACUGUCUACUGGCACCGCUGGUGUCUGAGUUGAACACCAACAAAGUGAAUACAAAUGCAUUUCUGGUAAACUUGAUCUGAAAUCUUUCACCAUAUUUUCUCUCAUCCUGGUUUAGACUUGGUCUAAGGUUGGAAUAUAAGUAAAUAAGGGCUUUCAAUUGCUGUGAAAGGCUACAUUUUUGCACAUUGGCAGAUUAUAAACUUUCUUUCUCAACAUUUUUCUUUGCCAUUCAUUCCUUACUCUGAUUUGGAUGCCCGGGUUAAUCUUGUAGAAAGUUGUGAUUUCUGAAAAUUUAAGGGAGCCAGCGAAUACAGGCAUAGCAGGGCUAACAAUCCUUUUCCAAUCUCACAUCUCAUGAAUGCCCAAGAUUUCUAUAAAGUCAAAGUGUCUACCCUUCUCUAAAAGAGCCUCUGUUUCUAAAUGAGUUACAGCUCCCAUAGGUCAUGUAUGUUAACUGAUAGAUGAUCCCAGCACUCACACCAGCUGAUAACACUCUUUGUCUGCAGCCAUUAUGACGUGCGUAAAGUCUUUGAUCUGGUGCAAAGUGUAGACCACAAAAACUUUCUAUGAAUUUCUUUGGACAAGUUGACUGAUGUGUUUCCUACUUGAUUGCAAUAAGAUUGCAUGAACUAAUGGACUAUUUGCACCUUAUUGUGUCUUUGGAUAUAAGAGUGAAGUUCAGCUGGGAUGCACCCUAAAAUCUUAUCUUAUGUGAGCUGUUUCAAUCAUCGUAGAGUCAUAAAAAAUGAUUUUGAGUGGGAACCUGAGAUAAGGCUGAGGGGAGUUGGCACUGUUGUGUACAGUGAUAAAGUAGGAUUUAUUGAUAUAAAUAUUCCUGUAUUGCUAGAAUGAGAAUUAUCCACCAAAUUACAGUCGAUUCGAUAAGAAACUUGUAGCUGUGCCAA